GGAUGAAAUGCCUGGCAUCCCAGCAGAAUUGACAGUCCACAAACUCAGCACAGACCCCGCCGGAAGGCCAGUGGUGCAAAAACGUCGCCUUUUUGGCCCCGAAAAGCAAGCUGCCAUUGACGAAGAGAUACAAAAGUUAUUACAGGCAGGCUUUAUUAGAAGAGUGGAGUACUCUGAAUGGGUGUCCAACCCUGUGCUUGUCAAAAAGCCAAAUGGCAAGUGGAGGAUGUGUAUUGAUUUCACUAACCUCAAUGAUGCGUGUCCAAAAGAUCCUCAUCCCUUGCCAAACGUUGAGAAGUUAGUAGAACGGGCAACAGGACAUGAACGGAUGAGUUUUCUUGACACCAGCUCGGGUUACCACCAGGUCCAACUGUUGCUAGACGACCAGGAAAAGACAGCUUUUUACGCUGGCGACGCGAUCUACUACUAUGUCAUGAUGCCGUUCGGCCUCAAAAAUGCUGGAGCAACAUACCAGAAGCUGGUGCAAAUCAUCUUUAAGCUCCAGAUCGGCAGAAACAUAGAAGUGCAUGUAGAUGACAUGAUAGUCACCAGCGUGCGAGCUAAGGAUCACAUUGACGAUUUGAAUGAAACUUUUCAAAACUUGCGUCGAGCCCAAAUGAAGCUGAAUCCCUUGAAAUGCACGUUUGCUGUGGAAUCGGGGAAAUUCCUGGGGUACGUGGUAUCCAAGAAAGGAAUCGAAGUAAACCUAGAAAAGGUCCAGGCCGUUCAGCAGAUGGAGCCCCCAAAGACUGUAAAAGAUGUACAGCGCCUAACAGGUCGGGUAGCUGCGUUGCACAGGUUUAUAGCCAGAUCGGCAGAAAGGUGCCUUCCGUUCUUCAAAGCUCUGCGGGAGCCUAAAAACUUUCAAUGGACGGAUGAGUGUCAACAGGCAUUUGACGAGCUCAAACAGUAUUUGGCAUCCGCACCCCUGCUGUCCAAGCCUAUCGAUGGGGAAUGUUUAUAUCUGUAUCUGGGGGUCACAGAAGAGGCAGUGAGUUCGGUCCUACUGAGGGAAGAGAAUAAGAAUCAGAAGCCUAUCUGCUAUGUGAGCAAGGUAUUACAAGGUGCCGAGCAGAACUACCCACUAGCAGAAAAGGCUACUUUUGCUUUGGUCUGCACGGCUCAUAAGCUGAGAGCUUAUUUUCAGUCUCAUCAGAUCAUUGUCUAUACCAACCUACCAUUGAGAAAAAUACUACAGAAACCUGAACUAUCUGGUCGGCUUAUUGGAUGGAGCGUCGAGCUGAGUGAAUAUGACCUGAAAUUUCAGCAGCGCACAACCAUUAAAGGCCAGGCCGUGGCGGACUUUCUAAUGGAGUGCACCUCAACAACUAAGGAAGAAAAAGCACCCGAACACCCAGUUUGGGUUUUGUAUGUAGAUGGAGCAGCUAAUAUUGAAGGGUCGGGUGCUGGGGCUGUGCUACUGGGCCCAGAUGGCUUCAAGUCCGAGCACGCACUGAGGUUUAAGUUUCAGACUACCAAUAACACUGCAGAAUAUGAAGCCCUUAUUUACGGACUAAAGCUGGCGUCCGAGCUGAAGGUACAAAGCAUUCAGGUCUUCAGCGACUCUCAGCUCGUUGUGGGCCAAGUGAAUGGCAGUUGCGACAUCAGGGAUCCCCAGCUCAGUCGUUAUGCCUCUGUGGUUAACAGAUUGAAAUCAAUAUUUGCCCUUUUCCAAAUCGAUAAAAUACCACGGGCAGAUAACCACCGAGCUGACGAGCUGUCAAAGUUGACUUCCUCACAGGACAUCAACCCUCAGAGAUCAACAAUUGUCGAGGUACUCGAUGCACCAAGCUACACUGAUUUCACAGUCGAGUGUCAACUGCUCAGUACAGAUCCCUCUACACCGAGCUGGACCACCCCGCUCAUAAAUUAUCUACAAAGUGGCGAGCUACCUGAAGACCGGUCCGCUGCAAAGGUGAUUAAACGCAGGGCGGCACAUUUCACUGUAUUAGAUAACCAGCUCUACAAGCGAGCAGCCUCAAUGCCCCUAUUACGCUGCCUUACUCCUUAUGAAGCUGAAUACGCCGUGAGAGAAGUUCACGAGGGAGUAUGUGGCACGCACAUCGGCGGCAGAACUUUAGCUCGGAAACUCCUGAGGCACGGUUAUUACUGGCCCACUAUGGUCGAGGACGCACAAAACUAUGUCAAAAAGUGCCCGACCUGCCAGUUCAAUGCCGAUGAUAUUCACAUGGGUUAAAUACCUUUUUUGGUCCCUCUACUAUAGGAAAAAGCCCCUUUUUGAUCCCUGUACCGAAAAAAUCCCUUUUUUGGUC